AUGUCGAAAUAUGGUAUUCGAUUUAAUUCACCAUCUAUCGAAAAAUCUGAUGCAGCUAUGCCACAAACAAUAUUAGCUUGUAUGAAUGAACUUAAAAUACAAGGAUGAACAGUUAUUGAUACCAAUAUUGUUUCACCAAAUGGUUUUGAGUUUUAUCUUAAUUCUCAUGCAACUAUUCAAGGUACAUCAUUACCAAUGUUUUAUCAAGUAUUAGAUAACGAAAUCGCCUUUAUAUCAGAUGAUAUUCAACAAUUAACGUAUUAG